AUGGCAUCUUUUUUCAAGUCUCAGUUGGAUAUUGAGAUCCGUCUUGACGGCGAGGACACCCGGACUCAUGUCGAGAUCAAACAGUCGAAUGGCCAAAAAGCCAUUGCGGGGACGGGCAACCCGUCUUCGGCCAAUGCUCUUGCCCGUAGAAGAAGUGUUCCCUUGUACAUGGAUGGCGAGUCUGUUAAAGGUUCGGUCACAAUUCGUCCUAGAGAUGGUAAACGUUUGGAACAUAUGGGUAUUAAAGUGCAAUUUGUCGGUAGUAUAGAGCAGUCGUCAGAUCGUGGUCAGCACGACGACUUUUUAUCACUGGCUCAAGAAUUGGCUGCUCCUGCUGAAUUACGACACCCAGAGACGUACGAUUUCGAGUUCAAAAACGUGGAAAAACAGUUUGAAAGUUAUAAUGGAAUUAAUGUCAAGCUACGAUACUAUGUCAAAGUGACGGUGUUCCGCCGGAUGGCCGAUAUCGUCAGGGAAAAGGAUCUCUGGGUAUAUAACUAUAAAGUUCCUCCAGAGGGAAUCAGUUCAAUCAAGAUGGAUGUGGGUAUUGAAGACUGUCUGCAUAUCGAGUUUGAAUAUUCCAAGUCCCGAUACCACCUGAAAGAUGUCAUAGUAGGCCGAAUCUAUUUCCUGCUUGUACGGCUCAAGAUAAAACACAUGGAACUGUCGAUAAUCCGGCGAGAAACAGUGGGUGUGGCUCCUAAUCAAUAUAACGAGAGCGAUACGCUGGUACGGUUUGAAAUCAUGGAUGGUGCACCUGUCCGAGGCGAGACUAUUCCCAUCCGACUUUUCCUCGGCGGCUUCGACCUGACGCCAACCUUCCGCGAUGUCAACAAGAAGUUCUCUAUCCGUACAUUCCUUUCUCUAGUGCUCAUUGACGAGGACUCGCGUCGUUACUUCAAACAAAGCGAGAUAAUACUCUACCGAAACCCUCAAGACGAGACCUAG